AUGCUGCAGCGUAUCGCGUGGCUGCGUGCAGUGGUAGCAGACUUGGGGUGUCUCCGUCGCCUUGCGGAGACACUUGGUGUCUCUGACGAGGAGACAGGUGAAGGAGCAGCAGCAGCAGCUGCUGCUGCUGCUGCUGCUGCUGCUCCUGCUGCUCCUGCUGCUGCUGCUGCUGCUUCUGGCGGCUCGCUUGGCUUUGCUUGCAUGCAUGCAGCCUUUAAACGCAUGCUAGAGGCCUCAACUGCUGCAGCAGCAGCAGCACGUGCUGCAGCAGCAACAGGUGCUGCUGCAGCAGAUCAUCAUACACCCCAAAAGGAGACACUGCAGCAGCAGCAGCAGCAGCAGCAGCUGCAGCAGCAGCUGCAGCAGCAGCUUGCGGUGUCUCCUGCUGCGGGUCCUGCUGCUGAGGUGAUUCGUGCUGCAGCUAAAAUAUUUUUAUCGAAUCAAUAA